AUGGAUACACCAAUUGCGUGGAAUCCUACAAUAAGAGAAGAUUCUAAUGACUCUAGUAUUUCACCUUUUACUACACCUUCAAAUGGAGUUGGAAAAUUUUUAAAAUAUAAUCAAAAUAGCAAAUAUGAUAAAGUAAAAAAUGACCACGGGCAGAUGAAUGAUAACUUACUUGAAAUUAAAAAAAUACUUGAAGAUGAAAAAAAAUUUGAUUGGCAAAGGACACCUUUUGAUGGUAUUAUCAAUAAUGAGUCAUGGGGCAAUAGUUGA